AUGUCGCACGAUAUGGAUGAAAACAGUCCACUUCUUGACCCUGAACGGGCCUCUGAUCGCAGGCUUAGUAAAUUGGUACAAAAAGACGAUGUGGCGAGUUCGAUGGUCAAGAGCCAUGUUAGUGUUGACGAACGGGCUAUGCCUGGUAGUACGAUAGGCGAGAGACUGGCCUAUAAUGACUAUACCACUAUAGACUGGUUGCAUGAUCUCGUAANNGUCAAAGACUCCUACCGUCUCCGCAACAUCCAUAGCAAAAAAGGCUUGACAGGAAAAGCACUCGCCCUCUUCGACUCGUCUUCGGGUUGGAUAGCGGCCGCAGUAAUCGGUGCUUUGACAGCUUGUGUAGCCUACCUCGUCGAUAUCGCCGCCGCAACAGUCAGUGAUUGGAAACUAGGCUAUUGCACUGCCAAUCCCUUUCUCACUCGCGAAGCCUGCUGUUCCUCUUCCACAUCAACUCCCGGGUCUAUAAUCGAAUGCACUGGUUUCAGAACCUGGAAUGAUGGAUACACUGCUGCUUUUGCGAUCUAUGUUGCUNUUGCUCUGCUGUUUGGUAUUGUUAGUGCUGGGGUUACUAUGUUGACCAAGAGCGAGUUGCCCUCUGCCAAUACGCCAGAUACUGAGGAUAAAGACGGCAUUACAGCAUCGGGGAAAAUAAUGUAUAUGGCUGCUGGCUCGGGUAUCCCAGAGAUCAAGACUAUACUCGGGNGUUUUGUGAUUCCGGAUUUCUUGUCUCUGAACGUGUUGGUGGUGAAAGCGGUGGGUGCUGUGUUUGCUGUUUCUACAGGUCUCGCACUUGGCAAGGAAGGACCGAUGGUCCAUAGCUCGACCUGCAUUGGGUAUCUCGUCGCCUCUCUGUUCCCCAAAUAUCGCGACAAUGGGCGCAAGAUGAGGGAGAUGCUGAGCGCAGCUUGUGCGGCUGGAUUGUCUGUGGCAUUCGGUGCACCCAUCGGCGGUGUAUUGUUCAGUUAUGAGGAGAUCAGUACCUAUUUUCCUAGAAAGGUGCUGUGGAGAGCCUUUCUCUGCAGUGCUGUUGCUGCCAUGGUGUUGAAGGAGCUCAAUCCUACAGGCACUGGGAAGCUGGUCUUGUUCGAGACCAACUAUGGGACAAGUUAUAGUNGCAGCAUUGCUGGAGGCAUAUUCGGCGGCAUCUUUUGCAACUUCAACUACCUCUGGAGCAAGAGCUUCCGCAAAUACGCCAUCAUCAAGAACCACCCAGUCUUCGAGGUCUUCUUGAUUGUCCUCGCCACAGCCCUCCUGCAAUAUCCUAACCCAUUAAUCCGAGAGCCCGGCGAUAUGGUAAUCAAGACCCUACUCGUGGAUUGCAAGGACGACAAUUCUGCAGACUCAUGGGUUUGUAAGAACGAAGCCCGUACUGAUGGUCGUUGGGAUUACGUGGGUUGGUUGAUUUAUGGCACGCUGGCCAAACUGGUGCUUACCAUCAUCACAUUCGGGAUCAAAGUACCCUCAGGGGUAAUCAUUCCUGCCCUCGAUGCUGGUGCAUUAUUUGGUCGCCUCAUAGGUCAGUACGUUGGUGGUAUUUCUCCUGGCAUAUUUGCCAUGGUUGGUGCGGCAGCAUUCCUGGCUGGAGUGAGCAGGAUGACAUUGUCUCUAUGCGUCAUCAUGUUCGAACUCACAGGCGAGUUGGACUAUGUGUUACCUCACAUGGUUGCAAUCCUGGUUGCCAAGUGGGUGGCCGAUACACUAGGCAAGGAGUCAGUCUACGAUCUCGCUCAGAACGUCUUGGGACAUCCAUUCUUGGACCUCGAUCAUAGUCUAGGAUACAUCCAGAUGGAAGAUGUUCUGGUCGAAGAGCUCGUCCCUCCAGAGCACACAAUGGAGCAGAUCACCAUUCAUGUGCCUGCGAGCAACAAAGUCAGGAGAGAAGUGUUGGAGGAGAAACUCGCCCAGCUCGAGAGCAGGGGUCUCCUAGAUGCUGGUCUUGUUCUCGUUCAGAACAAUCGAAUGCUGCAAGGAUAUUUGGCAGAGGGUGAACUCGGCUUUGGGCUCAGAGAGCUAGGAAGGUUGUACCCCAAAGAGACGGAAGUGCGACUUUUGGGCGACGCAGAAGAGGGAGAUUUUGACCUGUCGACUUUUGUAGAUCGUACUCCCAUGGUUGUCUGCGCAAAGGCACCAAUGGAGUAUGCGGUUGAGCUGUUUGGAAAACUAGGAUUGCGGCAUUUGAUGGUUACUGAAGAAGGCACUGGGAGAUUGGUAGGUGUGAUUAUCAAGAAGAGGUUGGUGGCAUAUUUGGACGGGCUGAAGCAUGGUUAG